AUGAAUGUAGGAGACAAGGAACCGACCCAUCUACCCACUGUCGGUUGCCUACGGCAAAUAAAAUAUGAAAACAGAAAAAGUUCUUACUAUGAUUCUAAUGAAAUGAUGGCUCUGUGGAUUAUGUCUACGCUGGACAGCUUUAAAAAAAUAAUAAGACUAGUAUCGCUUUUGCCUUUAAACGUAUAUUAUUGGUCACCUGAGCAAGAUAAAUAUUAUAAAGAUUAUAGUAGAAAUGAAAGGACAGUUUUAAGCAUUGACGCCACUGGUAGCAUUUUUAAGCCAGUUGGAGUAGGAAAUAUAAAUUUAUCGAAACAGAUAUUCUUCUAUUCAUGCGUAAUGGCGUCAUGCUACAAUGAAAGCAGUGUUCCUAUUGCCCAGCUAAUAUCUGACAGUCAUACGUUAGAUACAAUACACAAAUGGCUGGGUACAUGGGCUAAAGACAAAAAAAUACCAAAUGAAGUAGUUAUAGAUGACUCAGCUGCUUUGAUUGGUGCUGCGGUAAAAGCAUUCACAAAAUUUAAUAGUACAACGGAAUACGUUAACGAUUCGUUUAUGAAAUUAGAAAAACAAGAACCUGCCCCAAAAAAAUGCUUCAUUCGCAUCGAUACGAGUCAUUUUAUAAAGAUUUUGUUUAAUUUACCUUGUUUUAAACAUAUUGAUCAACGGGUGAAAUUUUUUUACAUAAAGUGUCUAUUAGAAAUUAAAGAAUGCGACGAUUAUAACACAUUGAAACUAAUUCUCACAGAUAUUAUCACUUUGGCCUUAAAUAAAUAUGAUGGUGUUGACAUUGAUGGUAAUAAAACGAGAUGUGAAGAAGCAAAAGAUAGGCUGAAAAAAUUACGAUCUUUUUCACGAACUAUAGAUACCGAAAUUGUGAUCCAAGAUAGUAAAGAAAUAGACAACUUUGAAUCAUUGAAGAACUCUUCUUUUGAAGAUCUGGAAGCUUCAUGUGAAACCGUUCGGGAAGUAGGAGUUGAUGUCAAAAGUCCUAAAUGGUUCUAUGAUGCUAUAGAAUCUGAAAAAUUGAUUAUUACCUUAACAGAAAGAGACCUAAAUAAUGUUCAUGAUAACUUGUUCUAUUUCCCAGACUUUUUGAACACUUUAACGAGACUUGUAGGUCAACUUCCGUUGUGGUCUAAUAUUAUGAAAAAUAUAUAUCAUUCAAGCAUAUUAAAUCCUACAUCGUCAAACGUGGAGAGUUAUUUUAAAAAUGUAAAAAGGCAUUUAUGUAGAAUCAUCAGUAAGAGUGACAGAUACCGUGUAGAUGAGUUUUUUAUGAAGCACUUAGAAUUCUUAUCGGGUGAAUUAAAAGGUGCUAUUAGUAACUUAAAAGAAGGUAAAACAAAAAAAGCAACUGAAAAAAGAGAACGAAAAAAAGCACUGCCAAAGACUGUAAAAGAGGAGAAGAAUAUAGAACAUGCGGUAGAGUCUAUUUUUACGGAAAAUCCAAGCUUAAUAGAAAACUGGCGAGGACUAGCUACAAAAAGAGAAAAAAGAAAAACCAUUUCCGAGAAGGAGACACCGAAGGAUGCUCAGGUAUCAAAACGUAUGAAUAUGACCUAAAGGACUUGAUAACUUUUGAACUUAAUUCUGAAGAAGAAAUAUAUUUAAAUGAUAUAGAAAGUAUGAUUACAUUGAAAAAUAUUGAAUAUAAUUUGGCAUCAGUUAUAGAGUUUGUUCCUUCUGAAUCGGCUUCGAUCGACAGAAUUGGUCAUUAUAAAUCUCACUGUCUUAGAGGUACUUCAUUUCAAUGUUACGAUGACAUGUCAAAUCGGGUAACUAAGAGUCGUAAAAAAAUGUUGGUCCAUUGCAUAAUUUACGGAAGAAAAUAUACCUAAGUACCUAAUAAUCUUGAUUAUUUUGUAUAUUUUUUUUAAAGGAUUUCAAUGAAAGUACCAAGAUAAUCUUCUUGUUCUUUUAUUUUUGACAAUCCCCGAACACACCAAAAUGCCUGAACCUAAAUUAUUUAAGUUGCAAUUGAUUAAGUUAACUAGUAUGUUCACAGUCACUUUCUAAAUCACUUGAAAUUUU